AUGCCGCCUCCGGAGCCCAUGCCCGGCUACGGGACCCUGCUCCGCCGGGGCUACGGGAGCCUGGCCGAGGCCGCCCGGGGCUGCGGGGACUGCGGCUGGGAGCUGGCGAGGCGGACCUGGGCCGAGAACGCUCACCUGGGCUGGGCGGAGGUGCUGCUGUGCGGGCUGUGCGCGCUGGGCUGGACCGCGCUGCGCUGCGCCUGCUCCCGCAGCAUCUUUCGGCCCUUUGGGGAAUGGUGUAACCUGCAGCCCAAAGAUGCUGCCAAGAUGCCCGAGAGUGCCUGGAAGCUGCUUUUCUACUCGUUAUCCUGGUCCUACGGCGCCUACCUGCUCUUCUUCACCGACUACCCCUUCUUCCACGACCCCCCAUCUGUCUUUUACGGCUGGAAGAAGGGCAUGGACGUGCCCACGGACAUCGCCAUCGCCUACCUGCUGCAGUGCAGCUUCUACGGCCACUCCAUCUACGCCACGGCCUACAUGGACACGUGGCGCAAGGACUCGGUGGUGAUGCUGCUGCACCACGUGGUGACCCUCACCCUCAUCGCCUCCUCCUACGCCUUCAGGUACCACAACGUGGGCAUCCUGGUGCUGUUCCUGCACGAUGUCAAUGAUGUGCAGCUGGAGUUCACCAAGCUCAACGUCUACUUCAAGCACCGGGGGGGGGUCUAUCACCGGCUCAACGACGUCAUCUCCAACGUGGGCUGCCUCACCUUCAGCGUCAGCUGGUUCUGGUUCCGCCUCUACUGGUUCCCCCUCAAGGUGCUCUAUGCCACCUGCUACUCCAGCCUCCAGGUGGUCCCAAACAUCCCCUUCUACUUCUUCUUCAACGCUCUGCUCCUCAUCCUCACCCUGAUGAACAUCUACUGGUUCCUGUACAUCGUCCUGUUCGUGGCCAAGGUGCUGAUGGGGCAGAUGCAGGAGGUGAACGACGUGCGCGAGUACGACGUGGAGGACACCGGGAAAGCCGCCAGGGCCAGGAAGAAGGAGGCUGGAAUCCAACUGCCCAAGGCUCUGAAGGAAGGGCUGCACCUCAAGAACGGGCUCGUGAAGGACAAGAGGUUGUGAGGGCGGCGUGGCCGUGGCAGCUGCCAGGACCUGGGACUGACCAGGACCCUGCACUCGGAGCCAGCGCAGGAAAGGCCCAAGGAGAGCUCCAUCCCUGCCCCCCUCCCCUCCCCUGCCCGGAGCCGGGGAGCAGAUGCCACUGACAGGACCAGACCCCUCCUGGGGCUGUCACCAGGCUUCACCUGGUGCUGGGGGGGGCUUCCUGUGGCCCCCCCUCAGUUGGGAGACUGGUGGCUCUGGCUGGGCCAGGCAGGAUUUGGAGCUGGCUUUGGGUCCCCCGGUGUCGCUGCUGUCCCUCCGUCCCUUCUCGGUCCCGCCGUGACUCCCCCUGACCCCCUUGUUGGACCCUCCCACCGACCCU